GAUUGCUGUAAGCUUUCUGAUCUGUUUUGGGGCUUUUUACUCCGUCAAAGGUUGUACCUUUCGUGAUUACCGGAUCACCCUUUUCGGUGUUUGAUCGUUGCUCGACGCAUUCUGGUUGUGGUUUUUGAUCACAGUGGACAGAUUUAUCUCUGCGAUCCAUCAUGUGCAAUUUUAUGUCAUGAGUUUCGCAUCUCGGUUAAGUAAGAGCAACUCACCAAAAGCACAAUGGGAGGCGGGAAGGACAAGGACAAGCACGAUGGGCAAGACAAAGGACUCUUUGACCACCUAGCACAUAUGGGUGGGCAUGGAGCUUCCUAUGGAGGCUACCCUCCUCAAGGAUAUCCACCUCAAGGGUACCCUCCCAAUGCAGGGUACCCCCCUCAAGGGUACCCCCAACAAGGGUACCCCCCUCAAGGUUACCCUCCUGCCGGAUACCCUCCGGGUGGACACCCUCAUGCUGGAUACCCUCCUGCUGGAUACCCUCCGGGUACAUCUGCUCCUCACCAUUCAGGUCAUGGAGGUAUGGGGGCGCUCCUCGCUGGAGGAGCAGCUGCUGCAGCGGCUGCUUAUGGGGCUUCCCACAUGUCACAUGGGUCACACCAUGUCAGCCAUGGGAUGCCCUAUGGGUAUGGCUACGGUCACGGGAAGGUCAAGCAUGGGAAGUUCAAGCAUGGAAAGCAUGGCAAGUUCAAGCACGGGAAGCACGGGAAGCAUGGAAUGUUUAGGAAGUGGAAGUGAUCUGAGGAGAUGGUCUCGACUGAAAGUUUACUAUUAAAAACUGCUUGAUGAAUAUGUUUAAUAAUAAUCCAUACAUGUGAUGGACGGCAGUAGCAUCUUGUGGUUUCGGGUUUGACAAUAUUGUCUUCUGACAUUAUGAGGAAAUGAAAAUCGCCUCCUAUUAAUAUCUUUUUGUACA